CGAAGGUGGAACCAACUGAGGGACGUGACUCAGAACCACCUAUGCUUAUUCAAGAACAGAAGGAGAAGGAAGUUUUGCCUAUGGCAAUAAAUGACCAUCUCCUUAAUUGUGUUGAAGACACACCUCCAAAGGAUCCUGUUCUAGAGAAAAUAGAGCCCAUUACCUACCCCCAAGAUUCCAUCAUUCAAGAGUCUGAGGAGGAAUCUAUAGACGAGGAAAUACCUAGCAUAGAGGAACCAAUUUCGUCUAUAGAUAAUCAUGCUUCAUCAGAAGACUUAGACCAAACUUUCUUUGACUCCCUACUUGACGGGUGUGAUUUUGUCUGCCCGAAGGAUGGUUGGAGCCUAAAGAGUUGGGACGAGCUUCUAGCGAGUGACCAUGAGGACUCGUCCAUGGGGGAAAGCAUGGUUGUAAUCAUCAAACCACAAAUGGAUGGUCAGCCCAUUGAAGAUAAGGAAGAAAUCAUUCUCGCUAUGAAAGCCAAUGAUGUGGAUCUACUGAGGAGACUUCCACCACCACCAAUCAAUACAGAGUCUCCUCCUUAUAUCCUGUUUCCACCAAGCCGCAGGGAUGAGUCAAGGAUCCUGGACCUUGACCGAGCAAAAAUUCAAAUACGGUGGUAUCAGAAGAGAGUCAAAAGGGCUAAACUUUAUGACACUCGGAUCGGGAAGUCGCGGAAAAAGUGGGUGAGCGUCAAGAUACAGACGUUAGAAGUGCUUAACGGGAGGCAACCCAUCAUUCAUAAAAAUAUUUAAAUAAGUUUUUGAGGAAUUUGACUGGGACGCAGCUGUGAGAGAGAUCGAUGUGGCUUGUGAGGCCAAUGGCGUCGCCCUUCCCGUCAAUGGGACAUUCGCUUCGUCUUCUGAUGGUGUUGCGACUUCGACUUCCAUCCCCAAUAGGGAAACGCUCAAAACCCCUAAUGGUGGCGGCCUUGCGUCUGGGAAGCAGUCGACUCUUGAUAUGUUUAUGGGAUUUCCGCCUAAGGCUAAGAAUGCCGAAACCGAACCCCACAAUCCAAACGGCGUUGGAGUCAGAAAAGAGGAGUUUGGUAAUGAGGGGGAUGACAGGGUUUGCUUCGUUCAACUUGAUUUGGAGGCAGCCAAAACUUGGAUUUAUCCAGCAAAUCUUCCCCGUUGGGAUUAUCAAUUCGAAAUCACGAGGACUGCACUAUAUUCCAAUACCUUAGUGGCAUUACCUACUGGGCUUGGAAAAACAUUCAUUGCUGCCGUUGUAAUGUAUAAUUAUUUUAGGUGGUUUCCAGAAGGUACUGCAUCACUUUUUAGCAUUUUUUGUCAUUGCAUGUGAUUAAGUGUUCUUGAUGGAGUGUGCACUUGAUCUUACUGGUCAAACAAGUCCUAUUAGAAGAGCUAGCUUUUGGAAAGAAAAACGAGUUUUCUUUGUCACUCCACAAGUGCUGGAGAGGGACAUCCUUUCUGGUAUAUGCAUGGUGAAACAUCUAGUCUGCUUGGUGAUUGAUGAGGCUCAUCGUGCUACGGGGAAUUAUUCUUAUUGUGUAGUGGUUCGCCAGGUUUGUGUUGACUUUCUUUUCUAUACAAAACACAAACUCUCGCUAUCUCUCAAGCCAUGGAAUAAGGCCUGCAUUUGAGAUGCUUGUUGAAAAGCUGUGAGAGGGGUCGUUUGCUCGACUAGUGAGUAGAAACGAAAUUCUUUUAAAAGCAAAACUCCUGAUGCAGAAAAGUUUAGAUCAUGGAGCUCCAAAUCCAAAACUGUCAAAAAUGCUUGAGAUAGUGAUUGAUCACUUCAGUAUGCAUCUUGGACAUUAACUUCUGUUUGCAUUAACUCAAAGUUCAGUGUAUUUGUUCAUAGACUACUUUUAUGCAUUGCUUACACACAAACAUUUUUUUUACCCGGAGCGGUCCACCAAAAUCAGUGGGGCUAUGACAGGGGA